AGGGCUGGGGAGGGUGGGGGGAAGCCCAGCCCUGAGAACAGCGAGGUCUCUGCAAUCCAGCACCCCUCCUCCAAGGGCUGCCCGGGGCUGGGGGAGCUCUUCAGCCUGUUGCUGGGUUCGCCUGUGGUUUGGAAGCACUACGAGCAGAUGGCAGCUGUGCUCUGUGACCAGGGGGUGGCUUCUAGGCCAGGGGCUCGUACUGCAAUCCGGGGCUGAAGUGUUGCUGAAUGGGAUGACUGAACGCCAGUGCUGGGCUCCAUCCUGGGAGCUGGGGUUUGGGAGAGGAGCAGCGUUGCUCUUCUGUCCCCUUCACCCUGCUGUCUCCAUGCAGGUCUGGCACUGAGCCCGGUCUCCGCCCUUCUCCUCUGCCUGAGCCCCCUCCCCCCACCGUUGCUGUAGCAGUCUGCUGCUAUGCUCUUCCUGCAGCACUUUGGCCCUGUCCCUUUCCCGUGCUCUCCCAACUUCUGCCGGCACUGGCUGCUUUCUACAACGUGAGCGGUCCCUGCACAGUGCAGAGCUGAAGGUGGCUCUGCCAGGUGCUGGAGCUCAGGCUUGGGCUCCUUCACGGCAGGGUGAGCUGCUCGUCCUGGUGUGGAAAGCAGCCGGGUGUCCACGUUUCCUAUUCUGUUAUUUUUCCUCUGCUGCCGCGGCUCCCUGCGGCGCCUGCCCCUCCAGACCCGACCUCAGCGGGGAAGCAUUGCGGCAGCGCGGCCGUGUCCCUCCCUGUGCGGGAGCCGUGGCUCUGGGCUGCGUGAAUCCGCGUCCCUCGUUGCACUGAAGGGGAAAAGAAAGCGGCGCGGCGCGGAGUCCGUGCGCGUGUAUUGCGGGCACCCCGGGCGGCGCCGGGUCACCGCGUCGCGUAGCAACGGGGGACGCUACGGCCUCGUUUCCAGUAAACACCGGCACGUGGGCGGCGGCCGUAGCCAAUGAGCUGCCGGAGAAGUGGAGCUGCGGCCAAUGAGAGGGGAGAAGGGGCGGGCUCAGGGAGAGGGGCGGGGCUAAUGCCGGAGCGUGCGGGGCCGGAGGUGCCGAGCGCGGGGAGGGCCGCUCUCCGUUUCUCACGGCGAUGGCCUCGCUCAGUCUGUCCGAGCUGCUGGACGCGGCCAUCGGGACGCCCGAAGUCGGGGCCGUCAACUUCACGGCUCUGCACAGCCUGCUGCGCGCCAUGCUGCAGCACCUGGGCCUGCAGCACCUCCCGACCGCGGGGCAGGCGGCCCCCGGGGAGCACCCCCAGCAGCGGGGGCAGCCGCCAGCCUCGGGCACUGCAGCUGCCGACGUGCUGAAGGAGGAGGGCGAAGGAAGGGAUAGCGAUGACUUCAAGGGCUCCAAGGCCGUGCCCCUCUCCCAGGACCUCCUCGAGGAGCUCGGUGGGAUGAAGGCAGCGCAGUCCCAAAUGGGAGAGGACCUGCGGAUGAUCAAGGAGGUGCUGGGCCUGGAGGAUGGCCGGGACGGCGCAGCGCUGCAGCGGGGCCGCCGCGAUGGGGUGAGGUCGGACAGCGACGUGGGACGGCCACGAGCUCACCCAGAGCCCGCGCUGGGAGCUGACAGGGACCAACUUUCAGCCACCGAAUCCUCUGAGUCAAGCGAUGACACCCAACGUGAGGACAGCCCGAGGGGACCCGCAGGGGGACCAGGAACGCAGCCUGGGCCCAGGACUGGCAGAGGGACUGCAGGAACACAGCCUGGCCCCAUGGGGACACAGGCGAGGAUGAGGAGAGCAUCACGGGCCCCUGAGAAGUGGGCAGGCACUGCCUCAGAUCAAACAGGGACAUCUGGAGCCACUGCCACCACCCCAGGGUCACAGCCGGGGUCCCCUGGCACCCAGAUCACCAGCCCAGGGACACAGCCGAGGUCCCUUGGCACCCAGGUCACCACUGCUGGUGCACAGCCAGGGUCCCCUGACACCCAGGUCACCAGCCCAGGGACACAGCCGGGGUCCCCUGGCACCCUGGGGACACAGCCAGCACCCCCGUGGUCCCAAGGAGGAGGAGCGGGGGCUCAGCCAGGCCCCCCCAGCACAGCACCCCACACUCAGACCAUCCCCUCCAAAACCACCCCCGGUGCCAUGGGGUCAGGGGUGGAUGACAUACGCUCCCAGGGCAGAGGCGAAGCUUUGCAGCCAGUCUCGCCCACUGCUCCGGGAGCUGAGACGUCCCCUGGCAUCGACACCGGCUCCACGUCCGCUGCACAAGGGCUGGCAGUGCCUGAGGUCUCUGGCCAUGAUGUGGGGACAGCGGAGGCUCUCAAGCAGCUCAGCCUCCUCUGCGAUGCCCUGAAGGAGCGGGUGGCCCGGCUGGAGGCCACUAAGUCGGACCGCACUGAGCUGGAGGAGCUGCGUCUGCCCUUGCCAGAGGGAGGCCAGGAGAGCAUUGCCAGCGUGCUGACCGACCUCUGGGACCGCGUGUCCGCACUGCAGGGCAUGGCCAGCGACCUGCACGGCGAGAAGGAGAAGAUCAAGCAGCUGCAGGACGCCUUUGGGAAGCUGGGGGUGAUGGGACCCGAUGGGAAAGUGGACGGCAGCCUGCAGCUGGGGUCCAUGCUGCAGGAAAUGAGGAGGGAGCUGAAGGAGCUGAGGGAGCAGCAGGACGCAGCCAGAGCCAUGCAGGAGCAGCUGGUGGCCGACACGGGCAACCGCCUCCAGGAGCAGCUGGACGAGCUGCAAUCCGUGCUGGGCAGCACCGAGCCGGCCCUGACCCCCCCCGGCAGCGCAGAGCAGGCAGAGGCCCCGUGCCCGGUGUGCAGCACGGAUGUGGGGGUACAGCUGGGGCGGCUGCUGCAGCGCUACGAGCAGCUCCAGGAGCUGGUGGAGUCGGUGGCAGCACGGCAGGCAGCGGGCAGAGCGGGCAGGCAGCAGGAGGCCAGGGGGCAGCAGGACGAGGAGCUGCUGAAGCACAUCCAGGCCACCAUCGUCCAGGUGCAAGGGGACUGCGAGAAGCUCAGCUCCGUCACUGGGAACCUCAUGGACGACCGCCACCAGAGGCAGAGGGACAUUGAGGCUCUGUUCCAGUCCCUGGAGAGGCUGGAGAAGGAGAAGGCGGACAAGGAGGAGCUGGUGCUGGAGAUCGACGUGAAAGCCGACAGAGCCGCCCUGGCCGGCAAAGUCAGCUGCGCCCAGUUCGACGCAGCCAUGGAGCAGCUGAACGGGAUGAUCGGGGACAUGCUGAGCAAGGUGACGGGGCAGGAGCGGGACUGGCACCAGGUCCAGCAGAAGCUCAUCGAGGAGCUGGACUCCAAGCUGGACCGCCUGGAGCUGGCCCCGCUGCGGCAGCAGCUGGAGGAGCGCUGGAGGAGCGUCCUGAAGCAGCUCAAGGAGACGGCGCCGCGGGCAGAGGCUGAUGAUGCAGCUGGGAUUCGGAAGCAGCUGCUGGCCCAUUUCCACUGCGUGUCCUGCGACCGACCCCUGCACAUGCUGGUGCCUGGACCGCACAUCCUGACCAUUCCACCGCUGCCACCGAUGCCUUCGCGCUUCGCCGUGCGUCCCCGUGCCACCUUCCAGCCGGAGCAUGGCCACAGGGAGCAGGGAGCCCAGAGCGGGUACCUGCAGGUGCCGCGGCGCUGCGGGGGGCUGCACACCGUCACCCACCCCAUGCAGCGCUGCCCGCGCCCCCCGCACCUCCCGCCCUGCGGCCCCGCACCACCGCAGCCCCACGGCGGCUUUGCCAAGGAGCACGCCGAGGUGGAGCUGCUGGGCCAGGACGGGCACAUCUACAAGGGCCGGUGGGACGCACAGCUGCCUGCCCUCGCAGGGAAGGAGGGCUCACCGAGGGACAAGCCCAAGCCGUCCCCCAGGCACUGGGGUGCUCAGGACACCAACCUCCUGCCCGCGCGGCCCCAGAGCGCCCUGUCCCCGCUCAGCCAGCCGGGCACCCCCAGGCUGCAGGAGCAGCGCCCAGUGUCAUCCCACGGCCGCCUGCCCCACCUCUGGCCACCGCGAGGAGGAGAAAGCCCCACAGCGGAGAGCAGCCGUGGGACCCCAUCCGAAACCCACCCCUGGGCGCCGGGUGGGCCAACGGGCUGCGGGCAGCAGCAAUAAAGAGCAGUGGAUGGGAUGCACCUGCA